AUGAAGUUUGCCGCCUUCACCGUCCUGCCCUUGGCCUCGGUCGCCGCCGCCGACCUCUUUGACGAUUCCACCGAAGAGCUCAAGCUCGACAUGGACGACGUGCCGCGGUCCUGCAGGACCAUCUGCACACCCAUAGCCACCCUCUCCAAACAGUGCGACGUUAGCCUCGGAAUUGGCCGGGGCAAGGACGAGGACCUCCUCCACAACCACUUCAAUGUCGGCCAGAUCGCCGCUAAGUGCGCCGAUUGCAUGCAUCAACACGUAAAGGCCAAGCGCAGCCUCGGCAGCCACGAGAAUGAUGAUGACAUUGACUCGGACGACGUCAAGGACAUUGACCGUCUCGUUUCCGGGUGCGGCUUCUCGUCUGCACACUACAACCCGACCAUGACUGCGGCUGCAGCCACAAUUACCGUCGAUGCCACGGCGCCGUCGCACAAGGACCAGCUCACCACCACCAUCAAGGGCACGCACAACGUCGCCGCGCCCACUGCCAUUCCUGGCUACAUGUACGCGGGCGCCGCUGCCGUUGCCGCUGCCCUGCUGUAA